CAAAUGACGAACGCUUGCCGCCAUAUUGGACCGCGUGGUUUAUAGAGAAUGGCAAGUUUGUACCAAAGCAGAAGUGAAAAAUAAAACAAACACAACCUGAAAAAUGGAUCAUAAUCAAAUUUUACUGGAUGCUGUGAUAGAGUUUCCUUCACAGCUUCUUGGAGAAAACAGUGAUGGCCAACAACAAGAAGGUUCACUUCUUUUAUCCCAAGCAAAUCAGCUACCGAUCUCUAAUCAGAACAUGGUUGAAAUGGGAAAAAAAUUACUGGAAGCAGCAUCAGAGAAUAACUUAGAAUCAGUAAGAUCGUUAAUGACAGGUGGAGCACCCUUCACAGGAAAUUGGCUUGGUACAACACCCUUGCAUGCAGCUGCUAAGGCAGGCCAUAUUGAAACUGUGGAGCUGCUUUUAAAAGCUGGCAUAUUCAGGGAUGCUAAAACAAAAGUUGACCGUACAGCUUUACAGAUGGCAGCUGAAGAGGGUUUCACAGCUAUUGUUCAAUUGCUGCUGGAAGCAGGUGCUGAUAUCAAUGCCAAAGACAUGUUGAGGAUGACUGCUCUUCAUUGGGCUGUUGAACGCGGCCACCGAGAUGUUGUCAUGGUUCUCCUUUCGUAUGGAGCUGAUGUCGUAGUUUUUAACAAAUUUGACAAAACGGCAAUGGAUAUAGCCUGUGAUAAUGGCUUUGAAGAUAUUGCACUGCAACUUGAGGCUACGAUGCUUCAAAGAAAUAAUAAAACCCAAAGUCCCAUUGUGAACGGAAGGACAGAAGCGAUCAGACAUAUAAAUUCUAGCCAUGAAAUCAGCUCAGUAAAAAGCCCUACCUGGAAAACUUCACCUGAAGAAGAUGCCCUGGAAAAAUUGACUGCCACCACGCUUAACUCGGAGUCGACGUCACACGAAGCUUUGAAACUGCUGGAAUCCCAUGGCAUUUCCUUUUUACCAGUGGAUAAUUCUACAUUAUUGACAUCAGCCCUUGAAAGUGGCCAAAGUAUUAGUUUGACAGAAGCUGGCAAAAUGGCAUUAAAUCAUUUGAAAAAAGAUAGCCAUUCUGUAGCUCAACCAGCUAAAGUCGCACCGGUGGCAAAAAAGCCAAAGCUUUCGUCUACGCCUAGUUCUGGUCAUCCAAGAGUGGUCACAAUUACCGCUGAACAGUUUAUGGCACUUGCCGGCCGAUUGCAAAAUAGAGGAAAUGGUACAGGCAAACCUGUGAUUUUUUCACUUCCGAAAAACUUCUCUCUUUCAGCUGAGAAAAUUUCCAAUACGAAACCUGCAGCGCCAUUAGCCGCCAUUACAGUCGCUGCUCGCAAAGCGUCAAUUCCACAACCAGAUUCAAGUGCGCCAGGGUCGAUCACGAGUCAGGAUAUGCAAAACUCAUUGACUACUGAGUGCGCAACUGAAGCCAAACCAUCCCAUCUUCAUUUGAGUAUGCCUAUUUUGACCGAGGAUGAACCAUGUUCAGAACCAACUUCAAUUGAAGUUAAAAGCACAAAUGGUCAAUAUCACGAAGACCACAUACCUACACCUUCCGAGUUUGAUUUGGUCUCAUCCCAAGAAGUCUCUAUGCCUUCCUUAGACAUCUCAUCUCCAUCAAUAGCGAUUAUAGAAACGAACAAUAACCCUAUUGCAAUGCAUAAUCCUGCGGGCCAUAAUAUUACGCCAACAGUGAACGCUGGAACGGAUGAUAUGAAACUUCAUUUUUUCAAAUCCGGUCAACUUAAAGGAUCAGCUCGGACGACCCCUAUGACAAUUUUGUGUCAAAGAAAACGGAGGAAAUCUGUGACGUUAGAAGAAGCAGAAGAAGAAGACUGUUCAACAAACGCUGUUGCAUUAGCGUUGACGCAUUCCAGGUCAGCCCAGACGCAAGGUCAGCAACAUCACCAACCUACGUUGAACAACGCUGCGCCACCGCUGGAUGCCGAAGAUGACAUGUUUGUCAAUGAAGAGUCUGAAUCGAGCCACGGCAACAAUCCUCCAGUUUGGCUUUCGAUUAUGGAGGAAGAAAAUAGCCAAUUCUCCGCUGGAGCUGCUGAUAAUGACGACGAUCUCCUUGAUCCAAGCCGACUGGCUGCGCAACUGGCUUCAAUACGACAAGCUGCCUCCCAGUAUUCGUUUAGUAGUUGAUGACCUGUAUGUGACUAUCUCCAUAUCGUAAAUUUACCUACACCAGCUUUUGGUGUUUCGUUGACAAACUGCCGUCUGACAAAAGACAAAAAAAAAAUGGAAAAGAAGAAAAAAGAAAAAAAAAGAAGUAGAAAGAAGCGCUCUUCUUAACCAAUCUUCAUCUCUUCCUUCGUAUUCAAUGAAAAGGUUUAUACUCCCGAGUCAAAUAUUGUUUUUAUAUUACGUAUAGAGAAAAUGUUGAAUAAUUGAAAAUAAAGAAAACGCGUCGGAAUUAUUAA